AGCUGGAGUUCUUCGAGUAAGUCAGUCCAAGUCAAACCUUUAGUCAGGAAGAACGGUGAAUACAGUAACAAGGACAGCACUUGGUUCAAAUAUUUUAAAUGCACUAAAUAAUACCAAAAUAUUUUCUCACCCAACAAGACAGCAUAACACAUAUCAUACUUGCAGUAAUGAAAUAAAAUAAAAUAUGAUUACGUACGUACUAAUGAAAGCCGAUAAAAAAUUUGAACCAAACACUUGUAGCAAUACAAACAAAAAUAAGGUGUGUAAAUGUUUUCGUACACUUGUCAUUUGUAAUUAAUUAUUAAUAGAACACCUAAUAAGUUACUGCAUAUAACAUUAGAAAUGAUAUAAAGGUUUGAAACAACAAUAGCUUGUGAGAAAAAAACUAUUUACAAGAUGUGUGUUUUAAUACUUUGCUAGAAUUGAAGAUACCAUCAUUUAAACAAGCAACCUACUCAUUUUAAAUCAUUUUCAUAACUAAACCAAGAUAUUACAUAUUUACUACUACCGGUAUAAUCCCAUCUCAGUGAGGAAAGACAACUAGAAUUCAAGAGCUGGAGAAAAAUGAAGCCAAAAAGACAAGCAGAAGUAGCAGAGUUAGAAACAGGUCUUGAAUCCUUAUUAACACACGCUACGCUCUCCGGUAAAAAUGAAACAUCUGAACAACUGCAAGGUAUGUACGAGCGAAAACCAAGACGUGCGUGGAGUGUAAGUGAAACAUCUCUACCACAAGACAGUGGAUCUGAAAGUGCACCCUUACUAAGCUAUGGAACUCAUAUGAGCUUCCCACCUAUGAUUUUUCACGACUCUGAUAGUAGUGACUUGGACUCCAGUCCCAUUGCAGGUUCUCCCAGAUACGGCAGUGCGGGAACUUCGAACUUUAACUCCAUGGCAAUAUUACCGAGAAGAGUUCCUCUUUUAGCACACGAUAGUCCGUUAAUAACAUCGCACAAAACAAAUACUUCACCACCACCACCAUAUUCCCGAGAAGGAUAUUACCAGAUUCACAACUCAUUGUUGGACCUGGUCACAGAUGAUUCAAUUUGUAAAGACGGUGGCACGCGACCAAUCAUGAAGGAAGUUGCUCGAAGUUUUUUGUCAAGACCUUUACCCCUAAUACAGGAUCCUCCGCCAAUAUCUUCCAAGUCCAAAAAGCGAACACAGAGCUCUUUAGUGACAAUAUUCUCAAUAUGGAAUACCAUUCUAGGUUCCUCAUUGUUAACUAUGCCCUGGGGUAUAGCAAUGGCAGGAUUAAUUCCUGGGAUAGGACUUAUAUUAGCUAUGGGAGGUCUUUGCCUUUACACAGCAUACAGAUUACUCCAAGUCCAUAAGUAUCAUGGAGCAGGAGGUAACGGAGAUGUUACUGAACUCAGUCGAACUCUACUGGGCUCUUGGGCAGAAUAUAUUGCAAAAACUUUUAGCAUUACAGUUAUGCUGGGAGCAAAUAUUGCAUACUGGGUUUUAAUGUCAAACUUCUUGUACUAUUCGGUGAACUUUUUAUACGAUACUAUUGCCGGGCUGCCAAUACACCCCCCAUUUACAAACGAAUCUCAUCCAAUAGAAGUUUUGUGCCCAAAACAAGGAUUGUACAAUGAUAGCAACGUCCACGACCGUUCAUAUGAUAACAUGGGACCACUCUGGGACUUGUAUAAAACAGUGCCAAUAUUUUUGGCUAUACUUAUAUUCCCUUUGCUCAACUUCAGUAGUGCAACUUUCUUCAUGAAAUUCAACUCCCUUGGUACAAUAUCAAUCCUUUAUUUGAUUGUGUUUGUCAUCGUCAAGUCGACUUCCUGGGGUAUUAAUAUAGAUAACAAGGCCUGGGAAAGUAGUUGGGAACUGAGACCAACUUUUCCUGCAUUAUCUGGAAUGCUCGCGCUAUCAUUUUUCAUACACAACAUUGUCAUCACUAUCAUGCAGAACAAUGAAAAUCAAAAGAAUAAUGGAAGAGAUCUGACCAUAGCUUAUAUUUUGGUUACAUUCACCUACAUUAUAAUCGGAAUUAUGUUCUACAUUUGCUUUCCAUUGGCCAAAUCAUGCAUUGAGGAUAACUUAUUGAACAACUUCCAAAAAUGGGAUGCUUUGACUGUAGGCGCCCGAGUUGUUUUACUCUUCCAGUUACUGACCGUGUAUCCUCUAAUAGCCUACAUGCUGCGCAUUCAAAUAUUAUCAGCGAUAUUUAAAACUUCCGAAUAUACCAAGAGCCAUGUUUUGAUUGUAAAUAUCAUAACAGUAACAAUCUGUGUUUUGUUCGCUGUAUUUAUGCCACGGGUGGGUACAAUAAUCAGAUACACCGGUGCAAUGAGCGGUUUCAUUUAUGUUUUCACUUUACCGAGUCUAUUGCACCUAAUCUCUAUGUAUAAACAAGGUAAAAUGACCAUCAUAUCAGCCAUUUUACAUUUGGGCAUACCAAUUAUUGGUGGAUCCAAUCUCGCAGCACAAUUUUUUGUCAGUGAAGACUAACGAUAGUUGGCAAAUCCAGUCCUGGUUGCCGUUUUUAUUUUGAGGACACAAUAUGUGAUUCAGUUGUAUAAUAUUUUGAUCUGCCUAAUAUGUCUUUUGAAUAAAGAAUAUAUAAGAAAUCAUCUUAACAAGCUAUUUCCCCACACGAAUAUUUCUUUAUUGUCAAGAUUCUCACAGUUCGUUACUACACAAUUUAGUUUGUAAGCUCGUUCAAAUUUUGUUCAAAUUCGAAUUUUCCUUAGAAAUUAUGCGAAUUAUCCAAUACACUACCACAUUUGGUAUAUGUAAUCUUCAAAUAUCACGUUUUCGAUUGACAGUGCCAACGAAAAAUACAUGUUUCACAGUCAGAGAAUAAAAAUAGAAUAGUUGUAUCUCAAUGUGGCUGCUUAAAAAGUCGUAAUUCAACAUACAAAGUUCAAAGUAUGUAUGUUGGAGAUAUAUUUAGAAAUUUUAUAUGCGGUGAACUAAGUUACAUUCUUUUAAACCCAUACAGCGUGUUAUGCCUUUCCUAUCUGAAUCUCUGAAAUAUCUCUUUGAGCUAAGUAGUUUUCAUCACGAUCUCUUGAUAUUACGUUUAUGCAU